AUGUGCACACUGACCGAUGCGGUAUCGGCGAUCGAUUCCGGUGACGGUUCAACGGAUGCACUUCGAAGCUUCUCGAAGACAUCUGUAUUAUUCGUAUCGAUCUCAUUUAUUAUUUUGAUGGUCAUAUCACUAGCUUGGCUCGUUUUCUAUUAUGUGCAACGAUUUCGCUAUGCUCAUGCCAAGGAUCGAUUGCAGCGGAGGUAA